GUUUUUUCUUUAGUUUAUGUUCAAGUGAGAAGAUCAAGGAUGGAGACGUGAAAAGUGUAAAUAUACACAUUCAACAUACCUAGAGAUAUUUUUUAAAUGAAGAAAAUAAUGGAACUUGUUAUAAAAAAUCCAUGAUGCCCUAAUUGCAUUUUAUGCAUAAAGGGCACCAAAAGCUUAAUAACGUCGAGAAAACAUGUGCAAAUGUUGCGUAGUACUUUAAGAUGGGUAACGAGUUUUACUAGUAUGGAUCAAAGUAAAAUGACAACUCUUCAGAAUGAACCAACCACCAGUGAUGUUCCUACAACUCCUGAUGCGAUUGAGGUGGAUAAUUCGCAUACAAUUCUUUUAAAAAUAGCAACAUUAUAUGCUGAACGGCUUAUGAAUGACAUUUGUUUAGUGGUAGAUGGAAUUGAAUAUCCUGCUCAUCGUCUUAUUUUAUGCGCUUCUAGUGAUGUAUUUCAAGUAAUGUUAAUGAGUCCCCAAUGGUCAGAAUCUCAAGAAAGUCGUGUAACACUUCAAGAAACUCCACAAUGCGUUCCAAUAUUCAGCGAAUUUCUUCGAUAUUUUUACACAGGCCAAAUUAGAAUUAGCUACGAAGUUGUUUUGCCAAUACUAUCAUUAGCUGAUAAAUAUAAUGUAAAGGAUUUAAUCACUCUUUGUUUGGAGUACAUGCAGAAUCACAUUGCAAUUGCAGCAAUUCAUGGUACAUUAGUUUCAUGGUUGGAGUACACAUCGAACUGUGGUCAUUAUGAAAUUACUCAAACAUGCCAGAAUUUUAUCAAAUGGAAUAUUGAAUUAGUAGCAAAAACAUCUGACUUUGGUAAUUUUGAAUUAGAUGUCCUUGUAUCAUUACUUCAUCAAAGUAGUCUUGUCAUAAAAGAUGAAAUGACUUUGUAUAAAUGUCUUGAAUCAUGGUUAAAUUACCAAGCCAACCGUAUGAAAGCCCAACUGCCACCAUUAGAAUAUGAAUCAACAUUAAAACAACUUGUGAUCGCCGUCAUGACUCCCGUCAGAUUUCCUAUGAUGUCACCGCGCCAGCUUGCAGAACUUUUAUUAUCUCCACUUACAAAAAAGUACAAGGAGUUUUUUGUAGAAAGAAUGGCUAUUGGAAUGUCAUUUCAUUCAGGACAACAUGAUAGAGUUCAAGAAGUUAUUAGAAAUGAAGACGAUGGAGCUCUUUUAUUUGAACCAAGACUUUACACUGUUGAUACUUGUAGUUCAUUACUCACAGUUGAAAAUUUCCAUAAUCUGCCUGCAUACCACACUAGAACUCUUGUGUUCUCUAGUCAUUCAUUUCUUGCAGAACAUGCAGGUGAUCGUGCCUGUGAAUGGGUCAUUGAUAUUUAUCCAAAAGGAGUUUGGUUUAAAAAAUUUUUCCUUAUAGUCUGGCAAGGCACUGUAGAAAUGCCUGAACAUGUAAUACGAUCAGUCAGACUUUCAUUAACUUGUAAAGAACCUCCUGUUAAUGCUGAUGCUGAUAUGAGAGUAAAAAUUGGUGUUUUAAUAUAUGGUCUUCAAGAUGGUGUUGAACACAUUGCUAGAGUUACUGAAAUUACUCACCGAUUCAGCAAAACAGAUCGUGUUCUUAACUUAGAUGAUUUACUGCCUUUCGAAGAGCUUAAUCCUCAACCAAGUGCUAAAUCACCAAACACUACAUCAUCUUAUCUCGUAGGUCCUAAUAGAGAUGUACUCAAGCUUCAUAUUGUUAUAUCACCUGCUAAUUAAUUAUUUUAUUUCCAUUAUAAAUUUUGUUUAUGCUUCUUACGUCAAGCGAAUUGCUGUUUUAUUUUAUUCAGAAUAUAUUCUAGUUUAUAAGUUUAUGAAAAAUAAUUUUUUAUUUUAUGUUAUAUACUUUAAUUAAUGUGCCAG